GGGGCAUAGGGGAGAAACCGGAGAAACGAAACAUUAUUAGUUCCGGGACCCAGAAAUAUCUUUUCUCCUAAAAUUGUUCUUUUGUUGUACGAAAUCUUUAUUUUACUACUGCUUAUACUACUACUAUUGCUAUAAUCUCCCACCCUAUCAGAAAAUGAAGUGUUUUCUCUCGCAUCUCUCUCGCUCUGUCUGUCUCUGUCUCCGUUGAUCCAAAACGGACAACUACCCCCUUGUGUAACCCGUCAGCCAGGUUCGUAACCUGUCAGUCUCACAGUUAUUUGGUCUACAUAACGGACGCUCACUUCUAUGUCUAAUUAAUAGACAAUCGGAAAGACGAACCCAAAAUAACUCUUUAUCCCACCAAGUAAACAUGGUUUUGAUUCGUUUUUCGGCGUAAAAUCUUCUUGCUGAUCUACAGUUAUGUCUUCUAGUGCUGUGUACAUGUUGAGGUAAUCCGGCCUCGUCAACGAGUGCAAUAGGACCAUCAAGACUUCAACAUGAGCAAAAUUCAACAACAAAAUAAAAGCGCUACCCUGUCAGGGAGUGUAAGCACCACCCUCAACAGUGCGUUUCAAACAUGCAGCGAUACGAGUGAUGCUGUGGAAUUAUUUGUUCCUCAGCAACUUUAUGUGAAGCCUGUUGCCAAAUUAAAUGUUUCCGUACAGCUUCCACAGUUAAAAUUACCUGGUAAAACCAUAUCAAAUUGGGAGGUUAUGGAAAAGUUGAAGACCAUGGUGAAACCAGUUCAAUUCACUGUUCUGAAAGUUUCAAAGAGCACGUUAGAAUUUAUCAGAUUUGAAGGAGAAAUAGAAAACAAAUCAAAUUUGAAUGAAGUUGUCUCCCGUUUGGAUGGCAGAACAAUAAAGUUAUCAGGCUUUUCAGAGCUCUUAAAAAUAAGAGCAGCAGAAGCAAAGAGUUCUUUUCCCACCCGCCAUACUUGGGACUCAUAUUUUAGGGAUGCUAAAAAUAUGAAUGAAAUGAAACCAGGGGAACGACCGGACACUAUACACCUCUCUAAUUUGCCCAGUCGCUGGUUUUCAUCCAGACAAGAAAAUGGCAGAGGGAAUGAUAAACCUAGUGAAUAUGUUUUCAAAAAGGUGUUUGAACAGUUUGGUGAGGUUCGCUGUGUUGACAUACCAAUGCUGGACCCAUAUAGAAGUCAAAUGAAAGCUCAUAUUUCUGGUUUAAAAACCUUUUCUUUUGGACAAGAACUUGCUUUUGAAGGAUACAUUCAAUACCAGGAAUAUGUUUGCUUUGUGAAAGCUAUGGAUGCUCUUCGUGGUAUGAAACUUCUUCACAAAGAGGGUGAUAAAGCCUUCACUGCCAGUAUUAAGGUUGAUUUUGAUCGUACGAAACACUUAAGUGAGGCAUCCAUUCGCAAGCGACGGGUGGAAAGAGAGAGAUUAAUGGCUAAAGAAAGAGAACUUGAAGAGCAAGAGAGACAUGCGAGGGAAGAGGCUGAAAAACAGGCAGAACUGAUUAGGAAAAAAGAAGAGGAAGAACAGCAAAUAAAAGCACAGGUAGCAGAAGAUCGUAGACAGCGUAAGGCCGAACGACAUCAAGCUCGCCAAUUACGUAGAUUAAAGAGAGAAGAAGCUCAACGCAUGAAUUACAAAAUUGCUGUGGAGGAGCGAAAGUUACUCAUUGCCCAAAGAAAACUGGAGAGCAUCAGGCUUCUCGAUGAACUUUUUGAGCGAGUUAAGGUGAUAAGAUUGCAAGAGACAAAGAAGGAGAGUGUUAACCAGCUUAAAGAAAGUAAUCCAGAGAAAGAUGAAAAGGAGGAUAUGGAGAAGAAAGAACGAGAACUGAGAUCAAAAUUAAUGAAGAAAUACAAAAGCAUGCAAGAACUCCAGCUCAAAGGGCAGCAAGAGAAGUUGCGUCAAACAGUUGAAAAUAGAGGCAAAGUUCGCAGUGUGUUAACACCUACUGUAAGUAAAGAAAAAGAUGCUACAGAAUCUGAUGGUUCAAUUUCUUCCUCAUCAAGCAGUGAACCCUCCGGAAAAGAAUCGGAUAAAAGGGCAAAGACCACAGAGAAAUCUGAAAAUGCAGCAAAGCCAUGGUUCAAUCCAAUGAAUGCUCACUCAGCUGCAGGAUUAUUUCCUAUGGAUUUUCAUGGAGGUCUCAUGGGGUUGCAGCCUCCUUUCACUGACAGGUUUCCAUACCCCCAAGGAGGAUCUGGUCCAAACCGAUGGCCUCGUUGGCCGCGUUAUCCGCGUGGUCGCGGUGCCUUCAUGAUGCCCAACUACUACUAUGGAAUGUCUGAUGACUACUACAAGUACUUCAGUAAGUUGGCCGGACAGAGCGGCCGGAGUCGUUCUCACAGUCACAGCCGGUCUCGGAGUCGCUCGGGCAGUCGCUCUAGGACACGGCAUAGGCGCCGUUCUCGUAGUAACUCUAGAUCUAGGAGGAGCAGAAGUAAAUCAAGACGAUCAAGAUCCAGCCGACGGUCAAGAUCACGAAAUCGUUCUAGAAGAUCUCGUUCUAGAUCUAGGUCUAAGUCCACCACAACUCUCAGAGGAAGGGAUAGAAGUAGAUCCCAAUCAAAAUCAAGGAAAACGGAAUCUACUUCAAGAUCAGCACAUUCUCCUCACAAAUCCCACUCAAGCUUUCAAAAACAUGUUGCAGCUAAAGACCAAGCCGUUACAUCUUACCCGAGAUCAAACCAAAGAAGUCCCACCCUGUCUCCUAAAGCAAAGUCUUCGUCCCGCAAACGAGGUGUCACUGUCAAUCAUGACAGUUCUAAACCUUCACUUGUGUCAGAAGUUGUGCCAGUCCUUUCAGAGAAUGGAACCAAAAUGUGUACAAUACAAAGUAAAAUAAUGGAGGUUGAAGGUAGUAAAAAGAAGAAAAAGAAACACAAGAAAGAAAAGUAGAAACUAUUACUAAUAUGACUGAUCUUAUUUUUUUAAUUUGCAUCCUUAAAUUUUAAGACUGGGAUCUGUAUCUUGAUACAAUCAUUUUAUGGACUGUGAUACCUCAUCUUGUAAUGUUUUAUUUACCCAUUGAGUUGGAAAAUUGUUGAGUGGUUGAAAUGAAAUUUCCAUGAUGGUUUUGAAA